UGACACAAUUACCUCAAGAAUCGAUCAAGAUGAAUUGCACGUCAGCCUACGUUUCCGAUUUUUUUUCUCCCUCACGACUCCUGUCCACACGCCUAUGGUGCAAUAGAUGUACAAAGUUUAACACAGUCGAGUUGCCUGUUCCUGCUCUCUAACGCCAAACCGAGAUAUGACGGACUACGAUGAUCGCGGCAACUGCGCGUCCAAUAUGUAUUUACCGAACUGCACGUACUAUGUGUCGGCGCCUGAUUUCUCUACUGUGUCGUCGUUUUUACCGCAGUCCACAUCUUGUCAAGUUAAUUUUCCAUACUCUUCCAAUAUAGCUCAAGUCCAACCUGUUCGAGAAGUGGCUUUCAGAGACUAUGGACUGGAUCACCCGAGCAAAUGGCAUUACAGGGGCAAUUACGCUUCCUACUAUUCAACGGACGAGAUAAUGCACCGAGAUCUGCUUCAGUCAUCAAACAGGGCGGAAAUGAUUUUUAAAAAUGAGUCUGUGUACAGCCAUCACGGCGGCACGAACUCCGCGUGCAAUUUUUUCACCAACGUCGGCCGAAACGGAGUACUUCCUCAAGGCUUUGACCAAUUUUUCGAAACUGUUAACGCUGGAAAGCCCAACCCUGAGUCUUCUAAACAAAAGACUGAGCCUACGGUCCCCGGAGAUGCCGCAUGUAAUAAAGUGUCCACAGAUAGCACGGAUCAGACAGAAAGAGACGCUGAAACCACAGAGGAAGAAUCUCCACUAUCAACAUGCGAACAAGAGGGGAAGAACAACGGCUCAAGUACAAAGUCCAGAAAAAAGAGGUGCCCAUAUUCAAAAUAUCAGAUCCGAGAACUUGAAAGAGAAUUCUUUUUCAACGUGUACAUAAAUAAAGAGAAGCGCCUCCAGUUGUCAAGAAUGCUAAACCUUACAGACCGACAAGUGAAGAUCUGGUUCCAGAACAGAAGGAUGAAAGAAAAAAAGCUCAACCGAGACCGUCUCCAGUACUUCACUGGAAACCCUUUAUUUUGAAAUCAUUUUAGCAGACCACGGUCAUGGCUUUCACCGAGUCUUGAUUAUGUAUGCUAUUGGGACAUUAUGCAUUCAACCGAAACAGAUACGCAACCUAAACUGUUAGGUCUGAUGUAUACUUUUAACUAUGCAAACAUUUUGGUAGCCUAUUAAAACAAUGAACUCUUACCUCUGUGAAAAUUAUAUAUAUAACAAGCAAACAUUCUAAAAAAAUAAUGGUACGAACGAUCGACAAUCUUUUCUUGUUCUGUUGUUUAAUUGUGAUUGCUACAGAAACGUAAUCGUAUUGGUUUUAUUUGUUUGUUUGUUUGUUUGUUUGUUUAUUUAUUGCAAUUUUCAUGGUACAAGGCUAAGUAAGUCACUACAAUUGCAGUAAGCAAAACAAAUUUUGAUUACAAUAAUCAAUGCGUGUUUUCAUUAGUGUAGACUUGUGUAUGCAUUUGUUUCGGUAGCAUGCAGUGUAUUGGUGUAGUAAAUAAAAUAUGAAUAUUCCAGAAUUCUUUGAACGUCUUUUAAGUAAUAGCUUGUAUUUUGUGUGAGGGAAUAUGCUUGCUGUUGUUUUUUAAUUAAAUAUAUUUGUUUUAAAAACGUUUCAAACAUUAAAACAGAAAUGUGCAUGUAAAUUACUAAGCAUAUUCUUUAAAUAAAUUUCUUUACACUUUCCCGGUCAUUUUAGUGAUAUAAUAGUUUAGUCUGUCGACGCUUUAAGGGUGCAGAAACAAAAUCAUCACUAAGACUAAACGUGUGAAAACCUAUAUAGGCCAGACGCUCGAGUUUUUGUUCUUUUACACUAAAAGGGUGUUUACCAAACCUUGAACCGCGUCUAGACGUUCAAUAAAGCCUAGCUGUAAAGGUCUAAAUUGGGGCCUAUUGUACCCUCUGGUCAGUCCAAAUGCGACGUUGCCCAUAAAGU